CGUGUCUGCUACAUCAUAUCAUUUGGCUUUCAAAUAAAUCCGCCCUCAUAAAAGACCUGCCUCACCAAUGGAAGAAGGCAGUACCGAUACCGGUACUAGUGUCUCCUCAGUGUGUGUGGAAUGUGGUGAGAAGAAUGACCAGGCUCUAUACAAGAAAUUCACUGGAGGAGCCAUCCAGCUUUCUCAGUGUGUCAAGUGCAAAUGUGUGCUGGACAAAUAUGUGGAGUUUGAUGCGGUGAUACUAUUGUUGGAUAUUCUCCUGCUCAAGAUCCAGACGUAUCGCCACCUCAUCUUUAACUAUGGCCUCACCACCUCCUUCCUCACCAAGUUCUGUGUCCUCCUCAUCCUCUGCCAAACCUAUUCCAAACUCCGCAGCCUGGGUUUGAAUGAUGCCUCCACCCUUACACUACAGGUCCACUUCCAUUCUUUGCUCUUACAAUCCACAGCAGAAUUGGCAUGUCUUUUGGCUGUCUCUUUUCUACUUGUGAGGGUUUUCUGUCCUGUCUCUGCUAACAACACGCUUAGUGGUGUGUUUCGAGCAGUGGUCAUCUCCAGUUUUGGUAAGCUGACCUCGGUGGCAGCUGUCGUGUGGACGGGGGACUACUUCUUGUGGUUACCCACUGUCCUCGUCCUACCUGCCCACAUCCAGGCUUUCAGAGCUCUCCUGGACGUAUCUCUGUCCCGGGCCUGUGCGAUAGUAUUACUACAGAGUGCCUUUAUGUAUUACGCUGACUACAUCCUCAACCAGUGGAGAACACACAUACUUAUGUACUUGUUAACAUUACCCUAGCUAUAGCCUCUACUAGUACCUAAUUAAGUUCAUUUUGUGCCGAUUAGUGCACCUGACUCAUGCACGAUCAUAAUUUUAUUAUGCAAUUGUAAUUUUUGCUGCAAGAUUGAAUUAGUGAAAAUUGGUGAAAAA